UUCAGCAGACACACUCGAUUGCUCCCACCCACACAAAUUUUACAGAAGUCAAAAGUUCCUUUUUCAUUUCACAGUUAAACAGCAGGCCUCGCUUAUUACAUUUUAUCUGACACGGCUGAAGGCCUUCGACGGUAGAGAAGGUCGACGCUGCGUGUGAGCUUUACAAUAAGAGAGAGACAUUUGGGGCUUUUUUCGUUGAGUGAGAGGAAAUUUUGAAACAUUGUGCAAUGGUGCCGCAAAAGUUUUGAAAGGUUGUGAGUGUUUUGCCAGCAAAGCGUCUUAGAGUCGGUCCAUUGGAGAAGAGGUCUCCAUGUUGCAUCCAUACAGAAUGGAGAGCUAUCUCAUCCCACCUCAUCCAGAAGAAAUGUAUGAUCCAGAGAUCUACAGACCACAAAUUACGGAAUAUUACACUCCAUAUGUCCUUGAUGCAGAUAUCCAGGCAGACCAAUGGGACUACCACCCUCACCCACACGUGCACCCAGCAGAAUUUGAAAACCUCCAAGAAGCAAACUUCACAGAGCUGCAGAGCGUGCAGGCUCUCCACCCGCCUGGCCUCAUACGUCACGACACCAUAAGAUAUGAAGCAGAAAGCCUGCUUGAUCCAAAUCUUGGGGCACAUGCACAUGUGUUACAGCAACCGGUUGCAUUCUUCCCUCGGACUGUGUAUCCGCCACACGUGUCCCAGCGCAGCUCUGAUGACGAAGACCACGGUGGACGCAGUCCCCCGCUGGAGGUGUCUGACGAAGAGUGUCUGAGGGAUCGAGUUCCUUAUGUCAAUCCAGGAGAGCUGGGAAAUAAAAAGAAGAUCCGUUUGUACCAGUUCCUGCUGGAUCUUUUAAGGAAUGGCGAUAUGAAGGACAGUAUCUGGUGGGUGGACAGAGACAAAGGGACGUUCCAGUUUUCCUCCAAACACAAAGAGGCUCUUGCUCACCGCUGGGGAAUCCAGAAGGGCAACCGAAAAAAAAUGACCUACCAGAAGAUGGCUCGAGCUCUGCGCAACUACGGUAAAACUGGAGAGGUGAAGAAGAUAAAGAAGAAGCUCACGUACCAGUUCAGCGAUGAGGUCCUGGGGAGGGGUCACCUGGAAAGAAAACCAUACAUGUAGGCAGAAGAGAAACGUCCGGUGGAAUCAUUAAAAGUUGUUUCUGGUCUUAGAUGCUUAAUCAACCUUGUUCUUCUGGUAAAUACUGUAGCAUCUUGUACAGAGGAAUCAUUCCCUUGAAACUACUGGGUAAUGCAGCAUGAAUGUGGAAUAGAAAUAUAUAACAGAGACCACUCAAGUAUCUCCUGUUUUGAUUCCCUCAUAUUCACCUAAAAUAGGCAAAGCCUGAACUCUGACCCCUGCCCACUACUUCCAGGUGGUGGCAGCAGGCUGCUUCGUAGAGCAGCAGUCUCCAUGUGGUGGCCAAAGUUGAAACUGCAAGUCAUGUGAUGCUGGGGUUCAGAGGGAAGGUUUUCCAUAGAGUAUCUUAAAGAAAUAUAGAAUGAACAACAGCAUUAAAGAAAUAAAAAUAGUUACUGAGCACAAACAAUAAACAAUCAACUGUCUGCAAAUCACAAUUUAAAUCAUUAGCUCAGAUACAUAUAGUCAGUCAGUCUAUAAUAAUAAUAAUAAA